AUGGUUGCGUCUGCGUACACGGCCGGUGUUUAUAACGAGAGAGGAUUCCUCCAAUCAACAAGGCAUGAUAGAGAAGUCGAGCUAGAGCGAGUUGGGGGAGUUCUUGCUGCGGUCCCUGGCGCGCGCCAUAUCAUAAUCUAUACAGACACGGAAUAUUUCCUCGGAUUUGUUAAGAAUUGGCGUCCGCUCUGGGAACGCCAUGGUUUCGUUGGUGGGGAGGGAAACGUCAUCGCCGAUCAUGAAGUGAUCAAAAGCAUCCUCAACAUUAUCGAUAGGAGGACACUGAAUAACAAACAGACGACUUUCGAAUAUAUUAAAUCAAUAAGCAAAGAUUUGUACUAUCUUCCUCCGAUACGGCCUAACGAAGGUAGCUCAGUGGCUUGA